UCCCGCCUCUGCUCUGAUACUCGCAGACAAGUUUCUUCGGCCGCAGCAGCAGAAUCCUGUGAUGUUAAAGAGUUGGCCGCUGACCGGGGGACGGGGACACUGUACCGGACGGUUGUGUUGGACAUGUCAGCCAGGUCGGACCGGAGAAAGAGCCCAACAGGCGGCCAGCAGCACCGCGAGGCCGCAGACACAUCAAACAGACACAGCAGAAUAAUGCGUGGUUUCUCCAGAGAUGCUACAAGUCUGAAGGGAACUGUGUCAACAUGUGAGGAAAACGUCCCAACAGCUCUGCCAGUGCUGCUGGAUGUGGUCCGGGGUCCGGAGCGGCUUCCUGCAGACGAGCACUCGCAGGAAAUGCUGAAAGGGAAACUGCGCAUUCUGCAGGCUGACAGCACCGAGGUCAACGCUCUGUUCACGGAGAUGUCUACUCAUCUUAUCUCCAUCAGCAGUGAAGAAAAAGUGAUUUUUGUGACAUUCAAAACAUUUGAGGAAAUAUGGAAGUUCACCACAUAUUACACAAUAGGUUUCCUGGGUCGGUGUAUGGAGAAUCUGUUGCUAGACCAGAAGUUCUGGCUCACUUCUUUGGAGGAGGACAUCGCUAUUGAGGUUUCCAUUCAGGAGAACACUCUUAACCUGAUGUACAAAGGCAUCCUCAUGCAGGAAGGCUCAUUGUUUGCUAGUUGCAGUACCAACCAGAUGUUUGAUAGCUCCACCUCUGGAGGGGACCUGUACCUGGAGCAGGGAGACGUAGCCCAUUUUGAGCCUCCGUUUCUGGGGUCAGGGUGGACCGUACUCUGCCUGGCCGAUGGAGCCCGAGGCACUGCACCCAAACCUGCUCUGGAGCCGGUCAUCCCCUUUCAUCAAUGGUUUCUCAAAUCCUGUGCAGAGAGCAUUUUAGUUGGUGAUGGGAAACCUGCCUGUGCCUUCCCUCUGCAGUUUGCCAGAGGGACCUGUCUGGCGACAGAGGAGUAUGAUGCUGAGGGACCAGAUGAGCUGAGUGUGGCACCCGGUGAUCGUAUCGUUAUUGCGGGACUUCUGGGGUCUUGUUUUGAUUGGUUCUUAGGGCGGAAGGAGGCGACGGGAGAAGUGGGUCUGGUCAAGACGAGCCUGGUGAAACCGUCCGCCGACACUUACGACUCAGCAGAUAUUUUUUUGGAUGGAGAGGAUGGGACAUUCUUCAGUCUGCAAGAGGACAAAGUCAUAGAGGAAACAUCUGCCUCAUUGAAGAAGAAAUCUCAGAAUGAUACUGGCCAGAACUACAAACUGGAUAUGAUCAGUUACCAAGACUCUGAGAAAAAAGCAUCAUCAAGCAGAGAUGCUACUCAGCAAGCUAACCUGAAGAGAAAUAUUCAGAGGAUUCUUGAAAAUGGAAAGGACUCUUCAUCAGAUUCCAUAGUGACCGUGAACGGGACUCUAGAGGACUCGGCCUGGGCUACAGAAGCAGAAAACCCAAGCCCACCCUGUUUCACUGUUCAAACAGUUGUGGAAGGAAACAACAACACUGAGAACUUCAUUCCACUCUUCUCCUUUUUGGAAGGAAAAGACUACAAAAUAGAGUUUGGCAUCAUGUAUGGACUGAGUUCUGAACACCUCUCCUCCUCCAUAUUUACCGGGCACUCCGACAAGGAUGAACUGAUUGCCUUCCUGGGAGUUGCUAGGGAAACAGCCAGGAAGAAGCGACUCCUUUGGUCGCAGACUCGUUUGUGCUUCCUGCUGGGUAAGCUCUGUGCUGGGAGGUUGAAGUUGAGCCAGGCUCGGGUUUACUUUGAGGAAGCCCUCAGUGUGCCGCAAGAAGGCUUCACAGACCUUAGACUGUUGGCCAGCAUCUACUCCAACCUAGUUGCCAUAUAUCUUUUGCAGAAAAAUACAGAAAGUUUCUUUGCUCUGACAGAGCGACUUGUUGCCUUGCUACUGGGAAUCCCAGACUGCCUGGAAUGCUUAGAGGACAACUCUGCUCUUAAAUACAUCCUCAAGAAAGCUGUUCUCUCUCACAACAAAAUGGCAGAGGCCCGGGCUUGUCACCAAUUGGCAAAGCACCACUGGACUCGUGCUGAGGGGGUGCAAGUGGUCCCUUAUCUUGAGAGACUACUUGUUCUUUGUGCCGAAGCUCAAAGAACAUGGGGCAUCUCUCCCAGUCAUGAGUACCUUACCCUGGGAAGGCUAUAUAGCGAACUCAGACUUCCCCAUCUCAGUGUCAGUACAGCCAGGAGAGCUUCUAUGCAGCCCUCUGCUACAUUGACUGACUGCCUUAGCAGCAUGGGUCUAGUUCUGGACAAUGUCAACAGACUGUUUGGGAUCACAGAACAGGAAGACUCUGUCCCACCUCAAGUAGCUCCAUAUUUAUACCAAGCGCUCUUUUCUAACAAAGUCCAAGGGGGAGGAAGUGAUCGAUACCACGUUUUGAGCCAUCGACUCACUGUUUGUCUCUGCCAACUCUUUUUCAAGCACAGGAUGGUUGGACAAGCCAUAUGCCAUAUGCAUACUCUCAUCAACAACAGUCCAACCUCACAGCGACCCUGCAUCUCUCUCCCAGAAAGAAACAGCGCCCUCAUCUGGCUGGCAUGGCUUCACAUUGUCAAUAAUCAGCCACAUGUUGCUUUGGAUAUCCUGGACUCUGUCCUAGCUUCCAUGCCAGAACACUGCACUACGCCUCAAGAAGGUGUGGUCCUCAACAUGCGGGGCGUGGCACUUCGGUGCAUGGGCGACCUCCGGAGGGCAGCAGAGAGUUACCAGGCUGCUGUGGACAUUUGCCAAGAGUAUGAGGACAUGCCAAACUGGGCUGUAGCUCAGGCUAACCUUGGGCUCUUAUGUCUGAAGGCCGGUGCCAAAGGAUUGGCGCAGAGGCACCUGACUGAGGCUGUGCAGCUCUUCUCUGAGCUGGAUGAAAAAGGUCAUGAGGCAAACUUCAUCCAAGUGCUGCUGGAGCUGGGGCAGCACUAUGUGAAGCGACAGCAGCUGGACUUUGGUAAAGGAUGCUACGAAUGGGCUCUGCUGCUCGCUAUCAGUGCCAACCUGUUAGACUGCCAACUGACUGCAACCAAACAGCUGAGCCGUCUCUAUGGGUGUGAGAUUCCAGAGCAGGCCCAGUGUAUCAUCUACAGCCAGCACCAGGUCCAGCUGCUGAGACACACAGGAGACAGAGCACAGGAGGGAGACGCACUGGUAGCCAUCAGCCAGCUCUACCUCACCCUGGCCACAGAGAGGGCGUACAGGGCGGCUCUCGACUUCACCAAGACCAGUUUGGGUAUUUUCAUCGACCUGGGCUGCAGGGAGAAGGAAGCGUGGGGCUGGCUGCAAGCUGGGAAGAUCUAUCACCUGCUGCACCAGACGGAACUGGUGGACCUUUACGUUCAGGCAGCACAGGAUGUCGCUCUGAGCACAGGAGACACCAAGUUCAUCUUGAAGCUUCUGGAAGCUGCAGGCGACAUUUUCUUCAACAGCAACCACGACAGGGACAAGGCUAUCACCUUCUACAGGGAUCGUGCUCUGCCCAUUGCUGUGAAGAGCAGCAGUGUGCGUUCCAGGCUGAGGUUGUGUAAUAAGUUGACUGAUGUGAUGCUCAGUCUCAAGCUGUAUGGUGAAGCUGUGGAGUUUGCUCAGACUGCGCUGGACAUCAGUAUCACUCUGGGUGAGAGUCUGAAUGAGCGAGUGGCUUACCAUCGGCUGGCCUCUCUGUACCACAGCCUGGACCAGUAUGAACUGGCUGAACAUCAUUACCUGAAAACCCUGACCCUCUGUCCAACAACUCUACAGUUUGAUGAGGAAACACUGUACUAUGUUCGGGUAUACCAGACGCUGGGGGACAUUAUAUUCAAUGACCUGAAGGACCCAUUCGACGCUGCAGGCUACUACCAGCUGGCUCUGGCUGCAGCCAUGGAUCUGGGCAACAAGAGGUCUCAGCUGCAGCUGUGCACCCGCCUCGCCACCAUCUACCACAACUUCCUAAUAGACCGGGAGCUCUCCCUCUACUUUUACCAGAAGGCUAGAGCAUUUGCUGCAGAGCUGAACGUGAGGAGGAUUAAUAUCUCACCGGGUCAGCAGUGUAGCAGCACCGCACAGUACAAGACCGCGGGACAAUAGGGAAGACACUUUGGGAAAUCAAGUCUUUGUUUUACAAAAAACUUUUGCAAAGUGAAACAAAAUCGUCAGCAGAUGACUCAAUGAAAGUUUUUUGGUACGGAAAAAAUAAGUUUCCUGAGAAGUCUUAUGAAUCAUUAUGCAUUAAGACUGCGGCAACAGAUUUACAAUGGCGGUUCUAGAGGAGUGCAAGGGGGGCAGUGCCCCAGUAGUACUGAGCCUGUUAAGCUUUUGGACCCUCUAACUGAGGCAAAUUCCAGCUCGGCCAACGUUGCUGUCUUUAAAAGGCCGAAGCGGGCUCUCUUUAAAGCUUGUGAAAACUUAUCUUUAAAUACGUAACUAAAGUAGCUUCUUAUUUGAACCCAAAUCAUCUUCUUCUAAAAGAUUUGUAGCAGAAAACUAACCAUGUUGUUGUUGUUGUUUUUUUCAAUUCACAAUAUUAACCCUUCAAACACUGGACUUUCACCCAGGAGACCGGGAUUUGUGUCCCAAUUAUAAAAUAAAUGUAAAACAAUUUUUUGACUUCACGGAAACAAGCAAAACUAUUCAGCUCGUAGCUGCUUAACUUGGUUCCAGGCUUAAAUCUCUUUAUAUAUAAGCAAUUAAUCAAACGUCAAUGGAAAAUUGAACAUGGAAAAACCAGUCCAGAGCAGGGCUGUUAAACAGUUUCGAGCACUCUAUUAGAGGGUAGGCAGCAACCUAUGGUCGUAUGGUUUGGAGGACUUGUUGGUUUAUUGCAUGGGAAUGUCAUUUUGCACCUGGCGUCUCUGAGCUGAACUUUGGCCGCCCUGGAUUACUGGAAUUAUGAA